UAUAUAUAUGAGUUUUUUUCUUCAUUUAAGAACAAGUGCUGAAUUGCCUAUUUGUUCAUUUGAAUAUUUUGCUCAGGAUUCUAUGAAAGGUGCAGAGAAGGCUUUGGGGCCACUCGCUGCGUGUCCCUGCCCAGGGGCCUGGGGCAGGGAGACCUGUGGGGAAACGCUUGCCACCCACCCUCCCACCUAGUCCUGAGAUUGCCCAGUUCUGGCCAGUUCUGUGGGAGAGUUUGGACUGUAUCCCAGAGGGAUAACCAAUUGGCUGACGGAGUCACAAAUGAAAAGUAACCUGACUCUAUCGACCCGCUUAACCCCUCGCGGGGGCAAUGAUGGAAAGGAGCAGCCGUGUGCUCUGAAAGAGUGGAACAGCCUGAGAAAAUGGCAUGUAACAUACCUAACCAAAGACAGCGGACUCUGUCAACAACCGGAGAAGCUCUAUAUGAAAUUCUUGGUCUGCAAAAGGGAGCAUCAAAUGAAGAAAUUAAGAAAACCUACAGAAAAUUGGCCCUGAAACAUCAUCCAGACAAGAAUCCCGAUGAUCCAGCUGCUGCCGAAAAGUUUAAAGAAAUCAACAACGCCCACACCAUACUCACGGAUCUCUCCAAGAGAAGCAUAUACGACAAAUACGGAUCGCUGGGACUCUACGUGGCAGAGCAAUUCGGGGACGAAAAUGUUAACACCUACUUCAUGCUGUCAAGCUGGUGGGCAAAGACCCUGUUUGUCAUCAUCGGCCUCUUGACAGGCUGCUAUUUUUGCUGCUGUCUGUGCUGCUGCUGCAACUGUUGCUGUGGACACUGCCGGCCCAAAUCAUCGACGCCAGAGGAGGACUUCUAUGUGUCCCCAGAGGAUCUCGAGGAGCAGAUCAAGACCGACAUGGAAAAAGAUGCGGACUUUCCAGUUGUUCUCCAGCCUUCAAAUGCAAAUGAGAAAACACAGCUGAUCAGAGAAGAACCUCGAUGCUACUGCACAGACUCUUGAUAGUGAUCCCACGGAGAGUCCACAGGACCUCCCCUCGGUUCAGCCACAUCUCCAGGUGGUCAUGGGGGAGCGUGUGGGGCAUAAAAUGCUGUGAACUUUUC